AUUUGGAUGCUCCCCACCGUCAAUCCCGUUUACUUCCAGGGACGAAAAAAAUUAACGUUUUAACUGCGGCAGAGAGGGAGUUCAGACUAUUUUUGCAUUGGCUUAUAUCAAUUGUGUAUAUUUUCAUGUACCGAUGUCACUCGUGAGGCCCAUUACCGUAAGCCUACAGCUGUUACAACGUCAUUAAGAUAGUCUCGUGUGGACACGGUGGACUAGAGUCUACUAAACGGACCACGACCGAGGCGCGCGCACAGUAGCAGGCUGAAGACGCAGUCUACUUCGCCCUGAUGUUUUAGUGACUGCUGUAAAAAGGAGGAAGAAUAAAGACAACGGAAAUCUUAAAUGAACUAGUUCCUCCUCUUCUGAAGUGUUGGGAAUAGCCAAACUUCCUGCAGCCGCCACCAUGAACCUCUCCAACGAGACGACUCCACAGUGCUUCUCCAUCAACAAUCCCCCCUUCAACUUCCCCCACACCAUUGCUUCCGUCUACUUCUCCACCGUGUUCAGCCCUCUGGGCCUCACCUUCAACCUCAUCGCCUUUGUGGUCCUCCUCAAGUCCUUCCAGCGCACGCACAGCCGCUCGCGCUCCUCCUUUCUCGUCUUCCUCUGCGGCCUGGUGGUCACCGACUUCAUGGGCCUCUUGGUCACCGGCAUUAUCGUGAUCACCUUCCACUUCACCCAGUUCAACUGGCGCCGCCUGGACCCGCACUGCCACUUCUGCAACUACAUGGGCAUGUCCAUGGUCUUCUACGGCCUGUGCCCGCUGCUGCUGGGCGCCACCAUGGCUGUGGAGCGCUUUGUGGGCAUCAACCGGCCGUUCGCCCGGUCAACCAGCAUGACCAAGUCGCGGGCCGUGUGCAUAGUGCUGAUGGUGUGGGCGGUAGCGGGAUGCAUCUCACUACUGCCCCUGGUGGGUGUGGGGAGCUACCACAUGCAGAUACCAGGCUCCUGGUGCUUCUUCAACAUUAGCUCUAAGGCUAGCGACAUGGUCUUCUGUCUACUCUUCUCUCUGGUCGGACUGCUGUCCAUAGCCGUGUCCUUCCUGCUCAACACGGUGAGCGUGGUGACCCUGGUCAAGGUGUGCUGCGGCCAGGACAGCAUGCAGCGUCGCCGCGACUACGAGGUGGAGAUGAUGGUGCAGCUCAUCUGGAUCAUGAUGAUCGCUACCAUCUGCUGGUGCCCCCUGCUGGUGUUUAUUGCGCAGACUGUGUUGUCAGAGAGCCCACUUCAGGUCCCCAACCUGCUGCUCUUCAUCCGUUUUGCCACCUGGAAUCAGAUCCUGGACCCCUGGGUGUACAUCCUGUUUCGGCGCGCCGUCCUUAAGCGCCUCUACCCCAACUGGGACUGGUCCCGGGGAUCCAUAAGGACCCUGUACCCGGCCUCCUUCGUCGGCACCAUCCGCCGGUUCACCCGUUCUUCCCUGGGCGGUGAUGUCCUGGGGGGUGGCGAAAGGCGCGUGUCAGUCGAAACCCAGUCAUUUAAAGUGAAGGCUCCACCUUCAUCGCCUUGACUGUUUCCUGUUGUUGUGCAUUGGUACUCCUCCUCGUCAGUGACAUUUUUAUUUAUAUGUUUUUUAGGUGCUGUUUAAACAGUUCUAAAAAGAGACUGAACAUGGAUACGGCUGUGGCAUUCCACUGGGCACAAACAGGUUGAAUAAACGUAUUGUGACGUGGAAUACAUACAUUGGAAUUGAAAAAAUGUCAAAUGUUUUUUUCAACCACAAGGUUAUGUUGUCAUUGUAACCAAUUUUCAACAUAGACAAACCUUGUAUGAAAUAUGUUGCAUUUGUAUCUUUGAAACAAUGGCAGAAUUUCAACGUUAUAUCCACUAUCAGAAGAAGAAGAAAAAACAACAGGCUGAGCAGCACCUCCUACUGGAGAGAUGAUCUAUCUACAACUAUAAAUUUAGUUUCCCAUCCAGGGUUUCCACCAAGCUCAGCCCUACUUAGUUGUUAUGUACUAUGUCACUGACUACUACCAAUGUGCUAUUGUGAGAAUGAUUAUUGAGAGAUCUCUUAAUAACUAAAUAUAUUCACUGUUGCUAUCAAAGUAUUUCCAAAGGGUAGGUUUAACAGUGCAAAUGAAAUGUAACCAUACUUUAUAAGUCAUGUAUCAUCAAUUAUACUAUUUAGGCCUAUAUAGUAUUUGCAAAGUCAUCAACAGCUAUUGUUUCAAUUCAACCAUGGUAAAAAAAUAUAUAGAAACUGGGUGGUUCGAGCCCUGAAUGCUGAUCGAUUGACAGCCGUGAACUUAUACCACGGGUAUGACAAAAUAUUCAUUUUAACUGCUUUAAUUACAUUGGCAAUGAGUUUAUAAUAGCAAUAAGGCACCUCAGGGGUUUGUGGUAUAUGGCCAAUAUACCAUGGCUUAGAGCUGUAUCCGGGCAUACGUUGCGUGGUGUGUAAGAAUAGCCCUCGGGCUGUAUUGCUUAAAUAGACAAUACAUAUAGGCUUAGGGUUUCAAGCUUUGGUUCAUUUCAAAUUUACUCUUCAAGGUAAUUAUUAAUAUGUUGUAUUCAUGUUUCCAUCUCAACCAAAAUUUUAAGUUAAAGAAUAUGGACUAAAUUUAAAUCAAAGUCUAUUUUAUGUGCAUUUAAAGUUUGAUUUGAUUUAAUUUAGUCCUAUUCUUUAAAUUAGAUUUUUGUUUGAGUUGGAGACGUGAAUCCAACAAUUAAUUUGUAGACAAACUGAGUGUUUAAUUGGGUUUGACUGUCUACGCAGGUAAAUAUCACCAUUUGAAAGAGAUAUUCUGUUUGGAAGAUAUAGUCCUGAAACAAAUCUUGGGUUGCUAGAGACGCGACCCAUUAGUUCAGUCUUUUUGUUCUGUAUCUAUGGACGCGACCCAGUCAUUCAGUCUUUUUGUUCUGUAUCUAUGGACGCGACCCAGUCAUUUGUUCUAUACCCAUACUGGCUGACAACGUUCUUAUCCCUGGCUCGCUAGCUAGCCAACUACGUCUAACUUACAGUUACGUCAAAAAGUGCAGCCAGAAUAACAGCAAAGUAGCUGCAUUUGCAUUUGUUGAAGCUGUUUUCUAGUGACAUUUAUUUGGAUACAGUACAUCCAUAACAAUAAGCUGGUGAGAUCGAAUUUGAAUAUUGAAACAAUGUUGCGAAUGUCGGAGAGACUGACAGCAAGGUUUAUACAAAUCUCCGCUGUUGAAAACUAAAUUUUAGUCUAAAAGACAUUAGAUAAUAUCUAGAUGCUUUUUAUAGUGGAGAUCAAGUGUAUAAAGUGCCUGGCUGGGCUGAUGAGACAGUGGAAUGCACAGUUAGAUGAAACAGAGUAAACAGUCAUUUUAACGUCAUAGAUUUAGCCGGUGGCAAUUUGUGGAAUAGACACCGGCUGGAAUGCGAUUUUAACCAAUCAGCAUUCAGGAUUAGACCCACCCAUUGUAAAAUACUUUGCAGAAGCACCUUUGGCAGUGAUUACAGCUGCACUUUAGUUUCUAGGCCCAACUGUUCGGACGCUACAGACAUUUUCGUGAGAAGACCGAUUUUCUGACAAAAACAGCUGUAGCUCGGCCACUUUCCAACACCGAUGAGGAAGUCCGACAGAGGUGAAUGCGGUGCAUUAAGACACAUCCGUAAUCAUAGAAAGCGUGCAUGUUUGACAUAGCAUUCAAAGAUCGCAGGUCUGUGGAGAUCUUCCCAAUUGCUAUAAUAAUCUGCGCAGAAUCUCAAACAGCAUUGAUCACUUGCACCAUGUUCUUUUAAUGUAAUCUCAACUACAAUCCAGGUCAUUUGGUUGUGCUAUUAGAUAAAGCACAUUGAUAAAACAUUUCAGUAGUUGUAUAAAUACUAAAUGUCUGACAUUGUAUUCCCAUUUUAACUUUGUUGUGCUUUUAAAUGGUUCAAAGUGCUGUGAAAACACAUUUAGAUGACAGAUAAACCAGAAAUCAGACAGGUUUUCCAAUGGAAUUUGGUUGUGCUUUUAGAUGGUUGAACGCAUAGUGAAAACACAUUGGGAAUUAAACACACUUCUCAUUGUCUUUUAGAGUGAGUCCGUAAAGGUUGAAAUCUCAUUGAUCAACGUCUCAACCAAAUAUGACCAAAAAUGUCCAAGUUGAAAUGGCACGGUGUGCCCAGUGGGAUGGCAUUGGAGCUGAGAGCUGGUUAUUCCUGUGCCCUAAGCACAUGAUGUUGCCAGUGGGGUGAUAUUGUGUGGUGGUAUUCAGCAUUGUUUAGUAGAGACCAAUGAAAUGUAAUUAGAGCCUGACAACAGCAUCUGGUUUAGAUUUAGAAUGUGUGAAGUAUCGCUGUGCUCAUCAGUCACACAUAAAAAUGGACAAAUGAAGUCCCUUCCUACACCAGAGUUUGUAUUGAAGGAUGCACUUCCUUAUCAGAUUCCAUGCCAAAGACCACCAGGUCAUGGUGUGUACGUGACUAUGUGACUCAGUUUGUAUGUGUUCAUGUGAACGUGUGGGUGUAUGCUUAUGUGUGUGUGUACUAACUUUCUCCUGUUGCUAUGCAGCGGCUUCACCUGACAUUAAUCAACCACAGUAUUCAUCACCAAAAGGACAACUGUCAUCUGCUCUGUUGCGGUAUCUGGCCUCCGCUGGCACAGUGCCCUUCGUUGGUUGGCCGACUGCCCUAUCUCCCUGUCUGCUUUUUGAAUCCUAUGACCCUCUGUUCUGUCCUCAUGUUCAACUAUGGUUAACUUUUAUACCAGUGACGCAUGGAUGGGCCAAAGAAAAGGUGUUACUAUAUAGUUUUACACUUCCUAUGAAAGAUGAGGAGAGAUGGUCCCUGAUGAUAUGGACAUGAAUUCAUCAAUACGUUAAUCAUACGCAUGUACACCGGUAUACUCUUCUUUUUUAAACAGUGUUACAAAUUCAAGUGAUCAAGUUUCAAAGUCAACCCAAAGCUAGGAAAAGUGUUAAAGACUGUGAAAUGAUGGUGAGGAAGAAUGCAUGUCAUGUUGCAUGUCAGUUCACUAUGUAUGUGUAUAAUGUGUCUUCUAUUUUUUGAAGGAAAACCGAUGAAACGAUGUAAUGUCUGGCUGUGUGGGGUUUGAUGUAUGCUAUGAUGACACAGGUGUCUGAGCAUGUGCAAUGCAGAUGUAACAUGUAUACAGUCGGUGGAAGUUGGUAUGUAUUUUCUCCCAGGGGAAAUAAAAGCUGAAAGGUUCAGCUAAAAGUGA